CACAGGAUUUUAUGUUUCAGCAGACAAUGUUAAGAGUAAAGGAUCCUAAGAAGUCACUGGAUUUUUAUACAAGAGUUCUUGGAAUGACACUGCUUCAAAAAUUUGACUUUCCUACUAUGAAGUUCUCACUCUAUUUCCUGGCAUAUGAAGAUAAAAAAGAUAUCCCAAAAGAUAAAGCUGAGAGAACACCUUGGACCUUCUCUAGAAAAGCUACACUUGAACUGACACACAACUGGGGCACUGAAAAUGAUGAAAAUCAGUCUUACCACAAUGGCAAUACAGAUCCCCGAGGAUUUGGACACAUUGGAAUUGCUGUUCCUGAUGUCUAUAAAGCUUGUAAGAGGUUUGAAGAACUAGGAGUGAAAUUUGUGAAGAAACCAGAUGAUGGUAAAAUGAAAGGACUUGCAUUUGUUCAGGAUCCUGAUGGCUACUGGAUUGAAAUUUUGAAUCCUAACCACAUGGUGACUCUCACUUAGUUCUAAUGAAGUAUAUUAUAUAAGACAUGCACACAUUUAGUCCCUUGAAGAAAAUCUGUAAGUGUGUUAGUGGAAUUCUCCCUUAAAGGAGAGGAACCAGUCCUAUCCAGAGUUUCCUCUAAAACUUUCCUUUGGAACCUCACUGUAGCUGAAUUCACUUUUUCCUGCCCUGUGAUGCCUCUGCAUUUUGCUUCCUAUUAGGAAUACUCCACCAUUUUUUUGGAAGAGGGCUUACCCCAUUACAUUCUCUUCUUGAACAUUGGUUAUGUCAGUCUUUCACUAAACACUAUCAAAAGAUA